CUGCUGUGCUCGUGCCCGCCGGCGCACGCCCACGCGCGCUCUCCUUCAGCAGCUCACGCAGUCGCUCGCGCGCUGAAGGAAGGAGACGCGGACUUUCUAACGGCUGAUUUUAAAAGGACAAAAAGGACUUGUGUGGUUUACAAAAGUUUUGUGCUCGCGUUAGGCUCGCUGGUAACUCUCCGGUCAUUGCUCCGGGAUCGUUACCUCAGGAGGAUGGCGGAGGACGCGGAGCGGCCGGGGACUCGUCACAGCAAAGUUAAAACUGACUGGGAGGUCGGUGAAAACCAAAUGACACAAUGAGGGAGACUCGGCUUCCUCCAAGUAUGGGACAACAUUCAACGGAAGAGAUGAUGCUCCAGUUAAAGAUUCCUUAUCGAUUUCUGGAAUCUUAACGUCAGUUUUGACCAUCCUUUAUAGACCGAAGAGCUGGACUCUCUGUGGAAUAUUCUCCAGAUCGCCUGAUUUCUUUUUUAGAUUUUGAUUAUUUCACCUGACAUACAGAAAUAUUUUCUAAUCUGGAAGUUUACAAGUCUUGACAAGGAGAAGAUCAAGUUGCAAGGAUAAUUCUAGUAGGUAUUUAUCACACAGAGGAGUCGACGGCAGCAUUCUUGCACCUAUCGCCAUGCCAGACGAGUUCCAAAGCUUUCAGGACAAGUCGAGGCCUGGAGGCGAGGCGUCACAGGCGUCCUUAGUGCCUAACGUUGUUGUCAUAUCCAGCAAUGGGAAGGGCAAAAGUGAUUUUUUGCAGCUUGAUGACUUCAGUCACGCAACAAAGGGCCCCGCACAGCCUGCAUACAGCAGUGGCAGAAACGUUUUAAAAGAAAAUAGCAGCACAACUAAGCCCCCAGGUGAGAGCAGGUCAGGACUUGGUGGGUCCCCAGGUUCUGUACAGAUGGGUGAGGUGAAAACUGCACAUGCUCCUGAACCCCUCAAGACCGUUUCUGUGUUCAAGGGGAGAGAAUUGACUCCACAGAGGAUGGAUGAUGCUGCUCCAGUCAGCCUGUCCUGUGAGAAUGGCAGCAGCACUUCACUGCAACUGAACAGCGGCACCGAUUCGGACUACGGCAGCACAAAGUCCGACCGUUGUAAUGCACGCACUAGUUUCAGCUCCGACAUUGGGGAUGAAGAUUUUUUAGAGCUUGAUGGAAAGGCGUUUGAGAAGACCAGCUCCAUCUCUGCUGUCAAUCUGUCUGAAUCCAGUUUAGAUGUUUCUAAAUCAAAUAAAGUCGCCAAAGACCGCCCCGGCGAUAACAGAGACCUUCAGUUUUCAGAAUUGACUGAUAAAUCCAAUGUUGGGUGCAGCUCCUCUGGAUUUCCAGACGUUUCCUUCCAAGUUAGUCAAACCAGAGACAGCAUAGAUGUCAGGUCAUCUGUGCAGGAUGAAGACGAUGACGGACAAAGCACUCGGUCCAGGCGGAGUGUGAGAGAGGGGUUGUGUUGUUGCUAUCAGACCACCAACAGGGCUUUCCUUCGAUGUGUUGAAGAGACCCCAGCCAUGUUGUCUGGUCUGGUGCUGUCCUUGAUCUUCUGUGUGGUCAUCAUCGUCGUCAUUCCUACUACAAGGCCUCAGGAAGUGAACCAGCAUGUUGCUGCCCUGGCGGUGGUAUGUGUGGUUCUCUGCCUGAGUGUGCUCCUUUUGGUCUGCCUGCCCUGGCUGGCCACUAUGAGGCGCUGUGGAGGAGCUCUGGCCCUCUUUGUUUGGGGAACUCUUUACAUCACCGCCAUGGUCUUCGUCUUCACAGGGGGGGCUGUGACGGCAUGGGAACAAGUGGCAUUUUUCCUCUUCCUCUCCCUGAGCGUGUACACCGUGUUGCCCCUGUCUCUGGCCUGGGCCCUCAUGGUUGGGAUUGGGACCAGUCUUUCACACAUCAUCAUCAUCAGUGUUUUUGUCACCAUCAAGAGCCCAAACACACCACAGUUGGCUGAGCAGCUGGUGGCGAAUGCUAUGCUGCUGGUGUGCGUGAACUGGGUUGGAUUCUUUCACCUGUGGAUGACCGAGAAAAAUCUCAGGAUGUCCAAUCGCAAGAGACAGGAUUUCAGCGCCAUACACAGCAAGAAGGAGAUAAAACAAAUUCAGCAGGAAGGGCUUCUGCUGUCCGUGUUGCCGCGCUACAUUGCUUUGAAGAUAAAGACUGAGAAAAUAAAGAAAUCACAAAAGACCAAGGAAGGAAAGGAUGACGAGAACAAGAUGGCAAACUUCCACAACCUUUAUGUGGCGCAAUACAAAAAUGUCAGCAUCCUGUAUGCAGACAUCGUUGGCUUCACAAAGCUGGCCAGUACCUGCUCCCCAGAGGAGCUGGUCGCUGUCCUCAACAAGCUUUUUGGCAGAUUUGAUGACAUCGCCAUGAAGAAUGGGUGUCUUCGCAUCAAGAUCCUGGGUGACUGCUACUAUUGUGUGUCCGGCUUACCUGAGCCCAUUCCUGACCACGCCAAGAACUGUGUUCAGAUGGGCUUGGACAUGUGCACUGCCAUCGGUAACCUGCGAGAGGUGACAAGGGUUGACAUAAACAUGAGGGUUGGCAUUCACACCGGCAAUGUGCUCUCUGGUGUGAUUGGUGAACAGAAGUGGCAGUACGACGUGUGGUCAGAUGAUGUUACUUUAGCCAAUCAGAUGGAGUCUGGAGGAGUUCCUGGGCGAGUCCACAUAACAGAGGAAACGCUGCAGCAUUUGAACAGAAAAUACAAAGUGGAAGAUGGGAACGGAGAAAGUCGAAAUCCUCAUCUCAAAGGAAGAAAAACGUAUCUCGUAAUUGAUCCUGACAAGGCUAACAGUGUCUCCAAACGGCCUAAUGGGGCUCAGAUUCUGGCACCAGGCCUGAGCAGGCAGAGGGCAUCUGUCCGAAUGUCUCAGUACCUCCAGUCCUGGUCCAUCAUCCACCCUUUUGCUGACCUAAGAAACCCUGAAAAAAAGAAGCAUCUGAGGCCCUUUAAGGAUAUAAUCAAGCGAUCACAAUUUGCAAAAGAAGGACCACACGGCCGUGACAACCCCAACCGCCUUUCUGUUGAUAGCAGUAUACGGGGAUCAGUGGACACUGUGGACAUUGUCGGGAAGAAAGCAAAGAAACUCAACUGGUUGACUCUGCUGUUCAAUGACUUCAAAUUAGAGAGAGAGUUUCGCCUCUCGGAGGUGACCGGUUUACACCACUCUAUGAGCUGCGCUGCAGGGAUCUUCAUCACUCUUUUUAUUGUCCAGAUGCUCGUGUCUGAAAUGAACUAUCAGAUUGGAAUAUCAUAUGGUGUGACGUUUCUAGGAAUGCUGCUACUUCAGUUGAUUACGGCCACAGGAUACUUGGAGAAAUGGCGCUCUAAGAUGCCUUUGUGUGGCCAGUGGUUACUAAAGCUGUCAGACGGGAUCUCGACUAUAGUCGUGGUCAGGAUGUUUCUGGUCAUUCUCUGUGUGCUCAUCAUCUUGCUCAUGGCUAUCCUCAACUUGUUCUUCCUCCCUGGAAACAACUCCACCUCAGUGGCUAACACAACGGAGCUAGAAGGGCUCAGACUGUACGCUCUGCCUUAUUACAUGUACUGCUGCCUGCUGGCCAUGCUGGGUGUCCUCAUGUUCAUCAGGAUAUGCUUCUCUGUGAAGGCACUCCUGCUCACCCUGGCUGUGGUGGUCUACCUGGCCCUCUUCCUUUAUGUUUACGCUCCCAUGUCCAGCCACCUUGUUGACCUGCAGUACAAUGGCACAAAGCCCGGAGUCCUGAAGGACCCUCAGAUCAUGUCUGGGAUUUGGCUGGUCAUCUUUUACAUUGUGUGCCUCAUACUAGCCAGAAGGGAUGAGCUGACUUGUCGCGUGGACUUCCUGCUGGAGCGUUGUUUCAAGGCAGAGCAGGAUGAGAUGGAGACCAUGGAGAACAUCAACAAGCUCCUGCUAGAAAACGUCAUGCCGUUGCACGUCGCCUGUUUCUUCAUGGGCAAGACCGUUCGCAAUCAAGACCUGUACAGCGAGUCUCAUGAAAGUGUGUGUGUGAUGUUUGCAUCCAUACCGGAGUUCAAAGACUUUUACACCGAGAGCAACGUCAACGGGGACGGUCUGGAGUGUUUGCGCUUCCUCAAUGAAAUUAUUGUCGACUUUGAUGGGCUGCUCUCAAAGCCCAAGUUUUCAUCUGUAGAGAAAAUCAAGACGAUCGGCAGCACCUACAUGGCUGCUGUGGGGCUGAAACACUCCCCACAAGGAGAGGAACACAAGAAAUUUGACAUGUCCUACAGCCAUGUGCACUCCAUGUUGGAGUUUGCAAUUGCAAUGAUGGGGAAACUGGAGCAAAUCAACACACACUCAUUUAACACCUUCAAACUCCGGAUCGGAAUAAAUCACGGCCCAGUGAUUGCAGGAGUUAUCGGAGCCCAUAAACCUCAGUAUGAUAUCUGGGGGAACACUGUUAAUGUUGCCAGUAGGAUGGACAGCACGGGGGAGCUGAACAGGAUACAGGUUACAGAAGAGACGUCUCAAAUUGUCCAGAGUGUAGGAUACGACGUCACACUCCGUGGAAAGGUCAACGUGAAGGGCAAAGGAGAGCUGACUACCUACUAUGUCAACACAGAUCAGUCAUCUCCUCAGUUCUGAUCCGGCUUACUGUAUGAAGCUGCAGCGGUCUGUUGGAUCCAACAACACACUACAGGACUCGUUCUGGUUUUAUACGAAAGACUCUUGCUGAAAUGCAUCAACACUCAUCUGCAAAGUGGCUGCCUUUGUCUUUGGAUGGGACACUAAAACAAUCCUGCACAUGAGACUACAACUGAAGGAGUUUUCAGCUCGUGGACGUAUCACAAUGCUGACUCUGUACUGUAAUAUCCUACAAGCAUUUACUCCAAAAUAUGCUUUUUUAUGUUUUUUUACAGGAUCUUUACUAUGGCUGACUCACAUGCACAUGACAAUGUGCAUCAAUAUUAUUAUAUAAAUGUGGUUCACUUUUACAUAAAUAGUCUUUUUCAAACAACAAAUGAAACUAAUAUGAAGGAAUUGUUCAUAAUUGUUUUCAUGUGCAAGAAGCCUUAGGUUUAGAUAUGUCUAAAUGCACUAAAACGGUACAGAUCAUUUUGUGUUUUUAAAGGUUAUAAAAAAAUCUGGUAAAGAAUUGUUUAAAUACAUAAAAUGUUGCAUCUUUAAAAUUCAAUGGGUGGGGAAAAAAAAACUUUAAAAUGAAGCUGGAAUGACAUGAAGAUGACCAGUUUGGUCAGCUUUUCCACCUGAUUUGGUGAAAGUUCAGGAGUCACUGGUGGCUCUGCUUCACUGAGACCAUGUUGCUGGGAAAUAUGGUUUCAUAUAUGACUCAAACUAACGUUUAAUCAACAGGAAGGAUCUGUACGUGUUAAACUAUGCCAUGAAAAUCUGCAUGAUAAACCUAACUGCACUUUUUUAGCAUUUUAACAAAAAUCUUCAUGCUGCAUUUAUUUGGUUUUCCUCUUCUGUGAUGUUUCUGUCAGGGUGAAGAACUGUGAAUCUGUGUGUUCACUGUAUGGAAAUAUUUUUCUAUUGUAUUUAUAAAGCAAUAAAAAGCUACAUGUACUGAUCAUA